UUUCCCAGCUUCUAAACACCCAACAAACGAAAGUAGGGAAAGUCCUUGCUUUCUGGGUUUUCUUUUUCAUGGCGUUUUGAGCAUUUCCCUUGUCAACUCGAGAGGUUCGACUCACCUGUUUGAACUUCCCCCAUUCCACUCGUUGACCUCUAAGAACUUUUUUUUAAGAAGAGAAUCUGUUAAGAGGUUUUCUCCUUCUUCCCCGAUGAAUCGGCGGCUCCUUUUGGUUCUAUCUUCGUUUUCCUUCUCCGUGUUAUUCCUUUUCCUCGUCACCCUUUUCUCAGUUCAAGGUAAAAUCAUCAGUGACUCGUUUGGUUUGAGGCUAUUGAGGGUAAAGAUUAAUCAAAGGAACAACACCGCCAUAUUUACCCCACAUCGCAAGCUUCUUCGUAACAGCAAUGGCGGAACCCAACCGGAUAUGGGAGAGAAGUGUAGCAAAGCUGACAUUGAGAUAAACCAGGGACCCACUGCCCCACUCCCGAGCGGCAUCCCCACCUACACAGUUGAAAUCCUCAACAUCUGUGCCACUGGCUGCGACAUCUCCGGGAUUCACUUAACCUGCGGCUGGUUCAGUUCGGCUCAUCUCAUCAACCCCAAAGUGUUCAAGCGCCUGCGGUACAACGACUGCCUCGUCAACGAUGGCAAGCCCUUGAUCAACGGUGGCACAGUCGAGUUUCAAUAUGCCAAUACGUUCCCGUACCCUCUUGCGGUCUCUAGCGUGGUCUGUUCUUAGUAAUAAAAGCAAACUCCUGGUUGGUUCUUAGUAAUAAUAUCAUAGAAGCAAGCUCUUAAUUGGUUUCCAUGCAUAUUCACAUGAUCCUAUUGGUUUCAUUUACUGGUUGGUCCUUUGAUUGAUUGAUUAAGAUGAUUCAAUGUGAUGCCGGGAAGCUUGUUUAGUGAAUGUUGCUUGAUGUCGAAUAUACGGUGGAAAAGUCGAGUCGGGCGAUCGAUUAUCGGAAGGGGGAGAAACAUGAGUUUUGAUUUAAGGGCUUAUAAAUAUUACAUGGGAUUGUUUGCUAGUACGAGGAUCCUUCUAGUAUA